AUGGCGGCGGCUACAUCCUUCUCUUCAACUCUCACCACUCCAACCCCAUCGAAAAAUCUAAAAUCUGCACCAUCAAGAUCGCUGUUAUGUGACAGCAAUUUAGGGUUUUCAUCAUCACUCUCUUCUAAGACCUUCAAACUACUCAAAGAUAGUAAUGGUAAAAUUAAUGGUGGAGUUUUGGGUGCUAAGAUGGUGGCAUCGGUUCCUACUGUCAAACCCAUGAUUUCUCUUGAUUUUGAGACCUCUGUGUUUAACAAGGAGAAGGUCUCUCUUGCUGGCCACGAUGAGUACAUUGUGAGAGGAGGGAGGGAUUUGUUCCAUUUGCUGCCUGAUGCAUUUAAGGGUAUUAAACAGAUUGGCGUUAUCGGUUGGGGCUCUCAGGGUCCUGCUCAAGCUCAGAAUUUAAAGGAUUCUCUUGCUGAAGCAAAGUCUGAUAUUAAAGUCAAGAUUGGACUUAGGAAGGGUUCUCGUUCUUUUGCUGAAGCUCGUGCUGCUGGUUUUACAGAAGAGAAUGGGACUUUAGGUGAUAUAUGGGAAACUAUUUCUGGCAGCGAUCUAGUAUUGCUAUUGAUUUCUGAUGCUGCACAGGCAGAUAACUAUGAGAAAAUUUUCUCCCACAUGAAGCCAAACAGCAUUCUCGGGCUUUCCCAUGGAUUUCUUCUGGGGCAUUUGCAAUCAACAGGACUUGAUUUUCCAAAGAACAUCAGUGUCAUUGCUGUGUGUCCCAAGGGAAUGGGUCCUUCUGUAAGGAGACUCUAUGUUCAAGGCAAAGAGGUCAAUGGUGCUGGAAUUAAUUCCAGUUUUGCAGUCCACCAGGAUGUUGAUGGUAGAGCCACAAAUGUUGCCUUGGGAUGGUCUGUUGCCCUUGGUUCACCUUUCACAUUUGCCACUACACUAGAGCAGGAAUACAAGAGUGAUAUCUUUGGGGAGAGGGGCAUUUUACUUGGUGCUGUUCAUGGGAUUGUAGAGUCCUUGUUUAGACAGUACACCGAAAAUGGAAUGAGUGAAGACGAGGCCUACAAGAACACUGUUGAGUGCAUCACUGGAAACAUAUCAAGGACCAUAUCAACCAAGGGCAUGUUGGCUGUAUAUAAUUCCUUGUCUGCAGAAGGCAAAAAGGAAUUUGAGACUGCAUACAGUGCCUCGUUUUAUCCCUGCAUGGAAAUCUUGUAUGAAUGCUAUGAAGAUGUAGCCUCUGGAAGUGAGAUUCGCAGUGUUGUUCUGGCUGGACGUCGCUUUUAUGAAAAGGAAGGUCUACCUGCUUUCCCAAUGGGUAAAAUAGAUCAGACACGCAUGUGGAAGGUCGGUGAGCGAGUCCGAACUGCCCGGCCAGCAGGGGACUUAGGUCCAUUGCAUCCAUUCACUGCUGGUGUCUAUGUGGCACUAAUGAUGGCUCAGAUUGAGAUAUUGAGGAAGAAAGGCCAUUCUUACUCCGAGAUCAUCAAUGAAAGUCUGAUUGAAUCUGUGGAUUCCUUGAAUCCAUUUAUGCAUGCCCGUGGAGUUUCUUUCAUGGUUGAUAACUGCUCAACCACAGCAAGGUUGGGAUCAAGGAAAUGGGCUCCUCGUUUUGACUAUAUCAUCACCCAGCAGGCCUUGGUAGCUGUGGACAAUGGUACCCCCAUCAACCGCGACCUCAUCAGCAACUUCUUCUCAGAUCCAGUGCAUGGAGCUGUUGAAGUCUGUGCUCAAUUAAGACCCACAGUUGACAUUUCUGUGCCAGCAGAUGCCGACUUUGUGCGACCUGAGCUCCGCCAAUCUAGCAACUGA